AUGUCCUGCAGCACAACAGCCCUCGUCGUGCCCAAUGUAGAUGGCAAAUUCGAGCUGCGCGAGGUCUACCUUAACGCCAUUCAACCUGACGAAGUCCUCGUCGAGAUCCACGCCUCCGGCCUCUGCCACACUGACCUUUCCUGCGCCGAGGGCAUCCUCCCCUGCCGGCCGAAUGCCGUGCUCGGGCAUGAAGGCGCCGGCGUCGUUGUCUCAAUCGGUAGCGACGUAACCCAUGUCUCCCCUGGCGACUCCGUCCUCCUCUCUUUCUCCCACUGCGAGCGCUGCCCCCCCUGCAUCACAGGCCACCCCGCCUACUGCCACAGCUUCAAUGACCGCAAUUUUGGUGGCUCACGCGCCGACGGCACGCCUGCCAUGCUUUUGGAGCCUAACGACCCCUCGACAGGGAUCUUCAGCACAUUCUUCGGCCAAAGUUCCUUCGCCCGCCACACGCUCGUGCACCGCUCUAGUGUGGUCAAGGUCCCACAGGGGACUGAUCUCGCGUUGUACGCGCCGAUGGGUUGUGGUAUGCAAACAGGUGCUGGAGCCGUCUUGAAUGCGUUGGACGUCAAGCCCGGUAGUUCGGUCGCUGUGUUCGGUGUCGGGUCGGUGGGAAUGGCGGCGGUUAUGGCAGCGGCGAAAAUCCGUGGCGCGAGGACGGUUAUCGCCAUCGACCUGCAAGACUCGCGGCUGGAACUGGCGAAGAAGCUGGGCGCCACACACGGGGUUAAUGGUGGGGCGAAGGAUGUGGUUGAGCAGAUUCGAAAGAUCUGUCCUCCUGUUGGCGUGGAUUAUGCGGUGGAUUGCACGGGAGUACCGGCGGUGAUUAGGACGAUGAUUGACUGCUUGGGGACGAAGGGACGUGCGGCGACGGUGGGCGCUCCAGGGUUCGGGAAGUGUUUUAUUCCGUUCUUGAUGGAGGCGCACCGCAAGGGUCAGUUCCCGAUGGACGAGUUCAUAGCAUAUUACGACUUCAAGGAUUACGAGAAGGCGAUUGAGGAUAGAAGUCUGGCAAGGUUAUCAAGGCUGUGCUGA